AUGAGGUUACAGCGAUACCAGAUAAGAGUCAUUUAUAAACCAGGAAAGGAAAUGCACGUAGCAGACCAGUUGUCAAGGUCACCUUUAUCACACCAGGAGAGUGAGGAUGUUACUGCGGAUGUAGAGGCUCAGAUUCAUCUAGUGAUGAACAGUCUACCUGUAACCACAACCAAAAUGGACGAGUUUCAAAGGGAAACACUCAAGGACCCAACCCUGCAAGAAUUAAGUAUUAUUAUACAAGAAGGAUGGCCAGAUGACAAGCAUCAAGUACCAGAGAGUGUACAGCCUUAUUUCAAUGACUUAACUUUAAGUAAUCACAUCCUAUUCAAAGGUGAUCGUAUUGUUGUUCCUACAACCGUGAGGAAGGCAAUGCUGAAGGUCAUACAUGAAGGUCAUUUUGGCAUGACGUCGUGUAAAACCCGUGCACGUGAAGCAUUAUACUGGCCAGGGAUAAGUGGUCAGAUUGAGGAUUUUGUAUCCAAGUGUGACAUUUGUUGUACUUUUCGAAAUGCAAAUACAUGGGAACCACUGAAAUCUCACGACAUACCUACAGGGCCAUGGGAAAAGGUAGGGACAGACUUGUUCCAAUUCGAAGGACAUAGUUAUUUGCUGAUAGUUGACUACCAUUCUAAGUUUGUGGAGAUGUCGAUACUGAAGGACACUCGCUCAACAACGGUGAUUAAUCACAUGAAGUCUUUAUUUGCACGUUGCGGCAUUCCAACCGAGGUCAUUUCGGAUAAUGGUCCGCAAUAUAGUGGGAGAGAAUUCAAGCAAUUCAGCCAAGAAUGGAAGUUCAAACAUGUCACCAGUAGCCCAUAUCAUCCACAAAGCAAUGGUAUGGCAGAGAGAUUUGUACAAACAGUUAAAAACAUGCUUCAAAAAGCUGUAAAGGAUGGAAAGGAUCCAUAUUUGGCAUUGUUGGAGUUCAGAAAUACACCAGGAGAAACAGGCUCAUCACCAGCUCAACUGUAG